AUGCCUGCUCCUAUCCAACCUUCAUUGGAUUCAUUAAUAUCCAUCAUCAAAAAAGAUCGUGAAGAAUUAUCAACAGAUAAAAUUCCAAAUUUAUAUCCAAUUUAUUCAUUAGUUUCAAAUGAUUCAAUUACUGCACAUAUUGCUUAUUUAAAAUUAACCAAGAUUGGUGAUGAUUCUCAUAAAAAAACUGAAAGUUUCCUUUUUGAAAGUGCUAAAAAUGGUGAUACUGUUGAUAGAUAUUCAUUUAUUGGUUUCAAUCCAAAAAAAACAAUCAAGACAGGUCCUGAAUUUAAUAAAGAAGUUGAUCCUUUAGUCUUAUUAGAACAAGAAUUAAGUCAAUAUCGUCAAGCUCAAUUACCUGGUAUCCCACGUUUAAGUGGUGGUGCUAUUGGUUAUAUAUCAUAUGAUUGUAUUCGUUAUUUUGAACCUAAAACCAAAAGAGAUUUAAAAGAUGUUUUAAAAUUACCUGAAGCUUCAUUAAUGCUUUGUGAUAUUAUUAUUGCUUUUGAUAAUGUUUUCCAAAGAUUUCAAGUUAUUAAUAAUAUUUCAAUUGAUAUUAAUGAUGAUGAUGCUACUAUUAAUGAAAAAUAUGAAUUAGCUAAGAAAGCAAUUAAUGAAAUUGAAACUACAUUAUUAGAUGAAUCAAUUCCAAUUCCAUUCCCAAAACAAGGUCCAAUUGAAUUAAAUCAAGAUUUCCAAUCAAAUAUUGGUCAAGAUGGUUAUGAAGGUCAUGUUAAAAAUUUAAAAAAUCAUAUUUUAAAAGGUGAUAUUAUUCAAGCAGUUCCUUCACAAAGAGUUGCAAGACCUACAUCAUUACAUCCUUUUAAUAUUUAUCGUCAUUUAAGAACAGUUAAUCCAUCUCCAUAUAUGUUUUAUAUUGAUUAUUUAGAUUUUCAAAUUGUUGGUGCAUCACCUGAAUUAUUAGUUAAAUCAGAUUCUCAAGAUAAAAUUAUAACACAUCCAAUUGCAGGUACUAUAAAACGUGGUAAAACCACCGAGGAAGAUGAUGAAUUAGCACAUGAAUUAAAAUCAUCAUUAAAAGAUCGUGCAGAACAUGUUAUGCUUGUUGAUUUAGCACGUAAUGAUAUUAAUAGAAUUUGUAAACCAACUACAACUAAUGUUGAUAGAUUAUUAACAGUGGAAAGAUUUAGUCAUGUUAUGCAUUUAACUUCACAAGUUAGUGGUACCCUAAGAGAUGAUAAGACAAGAUUUGAUGCAUUCAGAUCAAUUUUCCCAGCUGGUACCGUAUCAGGAGCUCCAAAAGUUAAAGCAAUGGAAUUAAUUGGAGAAUUAGAAGGUGAAAAAAGAGGUGUUUAUGCCGGUGCAGUUGGAUCAUGGUCAUAUGAUAAUAAGACCAUGGAUACAUGUAUCGCUUUGAGAACUAUGGUUGUUAAAGAUGGUGUUGCAUAUUUACAAGCUGGUGGUGGUAUUGUUUUCGAUAGUGAUCCAUAUGAUGAAUAUAUUGAAACCAUGAAUAAGAUGAAGGCUAAUAAUAACACUAUUGUUGAGGCUGAAAAGAUCUGGACCGAGAAGUUGGCUAAUGGGGAGCAUUAG